AUGGGGGCGGGGUUGUGGAGGCUGCUGUGCUGCUGCUGCUGCUGCCGCCGCGACUCCGAUCGUACUGACGCCAAGCUCAGGCCCGACGCCGCCGGCGGGGAGGAGGCGGCGGCGGCGGCGGCAGGGGGGGAGUGGUACGACCUCCCGCCGUUCCAGGAGUUCACCUUCCAGCAGCUGCGCCUCGCCACCGCGGGCUUCGCCGCCGACAACAUCGUCUCCGAAGGCGGCGACAAGGCGCCCAACGUCGUCUACAGGGGCAAGCUCGACGCCCAGCGCCGGAUUGCCGUCAAGCGAUUCCACCGCAACGCGUGGCCCGACGCGCGACAGUUCAUGGAAGAAGCUAAGUCUGUUGGCCAGCUCCGGAACAAAAGAUUCGUAAAUUUGCUUGGUUGUUGCUGCGAAGCUGAUGAAAGAUUGCUUGUUGCUGAGUACAUGCCCAACGACACACUGGCAAAGCAUCUGUUCCAUUGGGAAUCACAGGCAAUGAUAUGGCCCAUGAGAUUACGGGUUGUUCUGUAUGUCGUCGACGCUUUAGAUUACUGCAUAAGCAAGGGCCGGGAUCUCUAUCAUGAUCUUAAUGCCUAUAGAGUUUUGUUUGAUGAUGACUGCAACCCUAGGCUUUCAUGUUUUGGUCUAAUGAAGAACAGCCGGGAUGGCAAAAGUUACAGCACCAAUUUGGCAUUUACUCCUCCUGAAUACAUGAGGACUGGAAGAAUAACUCCAGAAAGUGUCAUAUACAGCUUCGGCACAUUGUUAUUGGAUGUUCUUAGUGGGAAGCAUAUUCCUCCUAGCCAUGCCCUUGAUCUGAUUCGAGAUCGAAACUUCAGUAUGCUCAUAGACUCCUGUUUAGAGGGCCAAAUUUCUAAUGAGGAAGGAACAGAACUACUGCGUUUAGCUUCAAGGUGCCUGCAUUAUGAACCACGAGAACGGCCUAAUGUAAGAUCUUUGGUUCUUGCGCUGGUUUCUCUUCAGAAGGAUGUCGAGUCUCCAUCUUACGAUCUGAUGGAUAAACCCCGUGGUGGUACAUUUACCCUUCAACCGAUCCAUCUUUCUCCUCUUGCUGAAGCUUGCUCCAGACAGGAUCUUACUGCAAUACAUGAAAUUCUAGAGUCAACUGGCUAUAAAGAUGACGAGGGAACAGCGAAUGAGCUCUCAUUUCAGAUGUGGACUAAUCAAAUGCAAACUACCAUUGACUCAAAGAAGAAGGGCGAUAGUGCAUUUCGACAAAAAGAUUUUAGCAUGGCCAUUGGUUGCUACUCUCAGUUCAUUGAUGUUGGUACCAUGAUAUCGCCAACAAUCUAUGCCAGGCGUUGCUUGUCAUAUCUCAUGAAUGACAAGCCGCAACAAGCUCUGAAUGAUGCCGUGCAAGCUCUGGCGAUAUUUCCUACAUGGCCGACUGCAUUUUAUCUUCAGGCUGCAGCCCUAUUUUCAUUGGGAAAAGAGAAGGAAGCUCGGGAAGCACUCCAGGAGGGUGCAGCUGUAGAGACAAAGAGUAGGGUCCAUUAAAGAUGUAUAGCUGAACAGCAGGUACCCCCCUCCCUCAGAAAGAUAACGCUACCACCUACCUGCAUGUUCAUAGCAUGGUAACUUAGGUACUAGAUUAUGAAAAAUAAGAAGAAAAAAAACACCCCAGUUUGUACAAAAUGGUUAGGUAAUUAGGGAAAUUGAUUUUUGUUUGUAUAAUUUUGUGUAAAUUACAGUUUGAGCUUGUCAUCCUCGCAUACAGAUGAGGAAACUCAAGCAAAUGUAACACCAUUACAAGCUUUGUGAUCAGUGCUUGAGUGUUGGAAGAAGGAAUUUGAGAAGCGUAGCAUCUUUCUGAUAUUGAGUUUCCUCACCAUCAUUGUAGUGAGAAUCUUACACGUUGUUGUUCAGGCGCUCUUCACUUGCUGGAGACAACAGCAGGUCUAAUUUUGCUUAGGAGCAAGGAGACUGCCAGUUAGCCUUGUUAUACAUAGUAUUUUUUUUAUGUAUAUAUAUGAAAAAUAUACAUAGUUAGAAUAUACUGCAGAGAGGGCAAGAGAGAGCCUAUUCACCCAGUUCACUCUGCCGCAUGAACGAGGAGAUGGAGAUGAAGAAAAGGUGUUACAGUGCAUCUCAUCUGUCAAUCAUCCUCGUCAGAUCAUGUUAUGAUGGUCAUAGGUUGUAGGGUUUGUAGAGCAAGUGUUGAUUGGUCUUUUUACUCUUGUCUUGGUCCUCAGCUCAGCUGGGCACAGUGAUUUGAGAGUCAUGUAUUGUUAGUGUUGUGGAGAGAAGAUUUGCUGAAUUCUUCUGUAAUGAUUUAGUUUUGGGUGCAGUGUGAGCUUUGUAUGUAUGCGAGAAGGCUCUAUUCGGAACAGAUCAUGGGCUAUUAUAUUGGUCCCAUACGCCAUGAAAUGGCAUGUAACAUACAGUUCGUUUUCU